AUGAGCGCAGGCAGCGUCUGCCCCGUCCCGGGCUGGCCUGAGACGUUCCUGGGCGCCAGGCCUCCGGCGUCCCGGCUGGUAAAGAGGAUGAGCAGCAAGGAGCCGUGCGAGAGCCGCGGCCCGAGCAGGCUGCCCGGCGCGGAGCCGGCUGAGGAGCUGGGGGGCUCUGGGCGGGAGCCCUGCGACAGCGCCGAGAUGCAGCUGAAGGUGGACUUCUUUCGCAAGCUGGGCUACUCCUCGGAGGAGAUCCACGUCGUGCUGCAGAAGCUGGGCCUGAGUGCUGACACCAACACUGUGCUGGGGGAGCUGGUGAAGCACGGCCCGGCCGAGCGGGACAACACUGAAGCCCCGCCGGAGGCCCCGGAGGCGCCGCUGGUCCCGCGGGGUGGAGCCGGCAACAAGAGCCCCGCGCCCACCCCGGGCCUCGAGGAGGCCGAGAGCGACAACCUGAAGCCCAUCGUUAUCGACGGCAGUAACGUGGCCAUGAGCCAUGGAAACAAAGAGGUCUUCUCCUGCCGAGGGAUCCUUCUGGCUGUGCAGUGGUUUUGGGACAGGGGACACAAGGAUAUCACAGUCUUUGUGCCAUCUUGGAGGAAGGAGCAGCCACGACCAGAUGUACUAAUAACAGAUCAGUACAUUCUCCGUGACCUGGAGAAGAAGAAAAUUCUGGUGUUCACUCCUUCCAGGAGGGUUGGAGGCAAGCGUGUGGUCUGCUAUGACGAUAGGUUCAUUGUGAAGCUGGCACACGAGUCUGAUGGCAUCGUGGUGUCCAAUGAUACCUACCGGGACCUGCAGAACGAGCGGCCGGAGUGGAAGAAGUUCAUCGAGGAGCGGCUGCUGAUGUACUCCUUUGUCAAUGACAAGUUUAUGCCUCCAGAUGAUCCCUUGGGGCGUCACGGCCCCAGCCUGGAUAACUUUCUCAGGAAGAAACCUGUGGUGCCAGAACACAAGAAACAGCAGUGCCCUUAUGGGAAGAAAUGCACUUAUGGAAUUAAGUGUAAAUUCUACCACCCUGAAAGGAUCAAUCAGCCCCAGCGCUCCUUAGCUGAUGAACUCCGAGCCAAUGCAAGGCUGUCUCCAACCAGAAGUACCAGUGCCAAGGAGGAGAAAAAGGGCAAGAGAGGUUCCCAGGCAGAGCUCUUGUGCUCUGUGCCCACAGAGAGCGAGAAAAGCUCUUUGCAGAAGGCCUCUGCAGAGAGGAAAAUCUUGACCCACAAAGCAAAGCCCAGUGACGUUCUGCUUCAGGUCAAAGGUGGCUGCAUGUCAGGAAGUGUCCCCCCUAAUAGUGGGAGCCACAGGUCCUCUGAGAGGUACCAGCAGCCUCAUAUGGACUCUCUGUCUUACAUCUCUCAGGAGCAUCUUGACUCAGGCAUUGGAUCUCUGGAGAACCAACUGUCUGAUAUGUGGCCUUACAGAUCUCCCAGUCACUGUGAUCAUUCCCAUGCUGAUCCAGUAGCAGUCUGCAGCUGUGGGAGGCAGAGACCACUCUACACACAUUCUCCCAGCUUGGAGCAAAACGGUCUGGUCUCCUACAAGCAUGCUUCCCAUAAGUCUUCUUCCUCUGGUGCUAGCUUCUUGCAGUACAGCCCUGAGAUCUCUCACUCAGGAGCACCUCACUCUUUCUCAAGCUAUGGAGUGCCUGUGCACCCAGCUAGCCCUGGGCAGUACAGCCUGCCCGGUGAGUACAGUGCCCCUGCAGCCCCUUCCCGUGAGUACUGGUCUGAGCCGUACCAGGUGGCGCCGGCCGCAGCGCGACCCAGCGGCGUUCGUGCCCCCCGGGCGGUGCAGAGAGCCCCGGGGCCAGCCUAUGGGGAGUGCGGCUCCCAGUGGGCAGUGCCUGAGCAGUUCGCAGAGGAGCGUGCCAACGUGCAUGUCAAGCUGUGUGGCAUCUUCCACCCCCACCUGGUGGAUGCUGUCAUGAGUCGCUUCCCUCGGCUGCUGGACCCCCAGAGGCUGGCUGCAGAGAUCCUCACCUACAAGUCCCAGAACCCCGGGGUCUGA